AUGUUUGAUUCGGAAUGUGCGGGGAGUGGGCACGUCAAGACGGAGGACGGUCAGUUGGUAGGAAAACAUAAUGUAGCUAUUUUGGCAGUGUUAGAGCCUUUUCAAAGUGAGAGCAGGAUGAGAAUGUUGGCCAGAAAAUUAAAAUUUGCAAAUUGUGUGUCUAAUGAGCAAGAGGGAGGUAAGAUUUGGAUUUUUUGGAGAGAGGAGUUCGUAGUAGAUUGGGUGGGAGCAUCAAACCAGGCUAUACAUGACAUCUUUUCUAAGGGAUCAAGUACAGUAAUAAUUUCUUUCGUCUAUGCUAAAUGUUCUGCUCUAGAAAGGAGGUUGCUAUGGCAGGAGUUGGAGAGCAUUAUGCUUAGCAGUUUACCUUGGAUUGUUGCUGGUGAUUUUAAUAUCAUUAGAAAUGAUUCACAGCGGAGGGGUGGGAGACCACGUCCAAUGGUGGCGAUGGAUGAUUUCAACUAUUGUAUUGAUAGAUAUGGGUUGAUAGAGCUAAAUGCGGAGGAGAGGAAGUUUACAUGGUGCAAUGGCCAAGAUGGAGCAGCACGGAGUUGGCCUCGGCUUGAUCGAACUUUUACUAAUUCCAUGGCAGCCAGUUUGUUCCCGAAUAUGGGCUUGAGAUUGUUGGCGAAGGAGACAUCUGAUCAAUGUCCAUUGCUUAUACAUUUUAAGCAGCCAAGGGUCUCAUAUGGACCCUCACCUUUUCGUUUCCAACGUAUUUGGUGUGAACAUGAAACCUUUAUGUCUUGUGUUAAGGAAGCGUGGGUGGAUUGUAAUCAGGAUGUGGCAUUGGAAGGUCUACAAAAGUUGGCUGGAAAGCUAAAAAGGACUAAAUUGGCGCUAAAAGUGUGGAAUAAAAAAGUCUUUGGAAGGGUUGACCACAUUAUAUCAGAGCUUCAGGAGAGAGUAGAGAUACUUGAAGAGUCAUUGCAAGAGGGGUUCUCGUAUGAUGUGGAACAGGACUUUUUAGCGACCAACAUUGAGUUAGCGGAAUGGCAGAAGCGAGAAGAAAUAAGACUCUCUCAAGUAGCAAAGAAGCGGUGGCUUAGGAGGUUAGCCCAAAUGAUGCUAGAGAAUGGAACUCAAUUAUCUUCUCCACAACAAAUACAUAUGGAGGUAGUGAGAUAUUUUCAGAAUUUUCUUAUUGAAGAACACGUGGGGGCAGUACCAAAUUUAUCUAGUUUGAUUGAUGAUACCUUGACUGAUGAAGAGGGUCAAUAUCUUUAUGCUAUGCCGACUGAAAAUGAAGAUAUUGUUAAAAAGGAAGUGGUCGAAGCUACACAGGAUUUCCUUGGAGGAGGAGAGCUUAAUCGGUUUUACACAUCCUCUUAUAUUGUCCUCAUUCUGAAGGUAGAGGAACCGAAUGGGUUUGAUAAAUUCAGACCUAUAAGUCUAUGGUCUGUAAUCUAUAAGGUCUUCUCAAAAAUUCGGGUAUCUCAGAUGGCUGUUUUACUUUCUAAAAUUAUUUCAGCUGAGCAAGGAGCUUUCAUUGCUGGAAGAAACAUUGUUGAAAAUAUAACUCUAACGCAGGAGUUAGUACAAUCUAUGAAUAAAAAGGUGCGAGGAGGAAAUGUGAUGGUUAAGGUGGACAUGGCAAAGGCAUAUAAUAGGGUAGACUGGCGCUUUUUGCAGCAUGGGUUGAUGAUAGCUGUUUGUGGUGUGAGCUCCGAUGGUUUAGACGAUGGAUGGAUGAUGGUUGAUGAGAUGGAGGCCGGCAAUUUUGUGAUGGUGGAUUUACUUUUGGUGACUAGAUUGUUCAGUUCGACAUGCCUGCCCGUUAUGGACCAACCCACAGUCCGUUCCAAGUCGGAUUAG